GAUACAAGGUUAAAUGAAAAUAACCUAAAAAUACUGUUUUGUAUUCUAUUUGGAAAGGAUUGUUUUUAUUUGUCAUACUUUUAUUACAAUUGAAUUUAAUUGCCAUACCGAAAUUUGCUUCUUAAAUAAUUCUCAAGAUGUUAACCUAAAACAGAAGCCAAAAUUAAUACAAUGACAUAUUUUAAGCUUGUUUGCUACACUUGGAGUUUUAAAAAUGGUCUCCAUGGGUUAUCAACACAAUCUGUGCUGUUUAAAGUUUGUAAACGACAAUCAAUACAGCAUCUGGCCAGAAUAUCAACAUCUAAACAUGUAUAUAGUAACCCAUUGAUAAGUCAACCUCAAUCUACGAUAAAAAAGAAGAGUAAAAACGUUCCUCAAGACACAAGGGUGUGGAAGGAGACCCCCACUCAUGAUGUCAAAAAUAACCUAGUCCAUUACUGUAUGAUGCUCUCCAAGUUUCGACUAACUUCCUUAGUUGUUAUGACAUCAAUGGCUGGAUAUGCUCUUGCACCAGCUCCAUUUGAAUUUUCGACUUUUGCCCUUUGUGCUGUGGGCACAGGUCUCGUUAGUUCUGCGGCUAAUUCUAUCAACCAGUACCAUGAAGUACCAUUUGAUGCUCAGAUGUCUAGAACUAAAAAUCGGGUGCUUGUUAAGGGUUUGCUAGAACCAGUGCACGCUAUAGGUUUUGCGGCAGCUACAAGUGCUACCGGACUCAGUAUAUUAUACUUAGGAGUUAACCCUCUGACUGCUGCCCUGGGAGCAACUAAUUUAGUGCUCUAUACAUCCAUAUACACACCCAUGAAGAGAAUGUCCAUUGUUAAUACAUGGUUGGGAUCUAUUGUGGGUGCAAUUCCCCCAUUAAUGGGCUGGGCAGGUUGUACGGGUUCCUUAGACAUGGGUGCGUUAGUGUUAGGCGUCAUACUGUACUCAUGGCAAUUUCCACAUUUCAACGCGCUGUCUUGGAACUUAAGACCCGACUAUUCACGUGCGGGUUAUAGAAUGAUGGCGGUCACUGACCCAGCUCUAUGUCGCAGAGUGGCGUUACGACACACAGGUUUAAUAACCGCCAUUUGUCUGGGCGCGCCCUACCUCGGUGUUACCAAUGUUUGGUUUGCGGCCGAAUCGUUACCACUUAAUAUUUAUUUUUCGUACUUAGCUUGGCAAUUUUACAAGAAAUCAGAUAGCGGUAGUUCAAGAAAAUUAUUUAGAUUUUCACUGAUACACCUUCCCGCGCUGAUGUUACUAAUGCUCGUCAACAAGAAAUAUUGGAGUUCAGCAGAAACUCAAGAGAAGGAAUUCAAAACCCAAGAUUUAAAACUGGAUCCAAAGAGAAUAACAGUUUUACCACGAGGGCCAGUUGUGGCCGCGCAAGAGGCGGAUGACAUACGAUAAUGUUGCUAUAGCAAAAAAUAUUUAUUUUUUAGUGAAUGUUGCCAGUGUUUUUCGACGUAGGUAAUCUACAUGUUUGUUAAUUUCUUUAUAAGUAUCAUUCAAUUUAGCUAGAUUAUGCCAUUACAUUUUGCAAAAAUAAUUUAAAACUUAACAUCCUCUAAGACUUUAUAAUUAAAAUGAGUGUUACCAUAUUCUAGCCAUAUCUUAUAUUAGGUAUUUAUUUUGUAUAAUUGUCAUAAACACGCUACUACUUAUAGAAAGGCACUGGCAUGUAAUUUUUUUUGUAAAUAAUGGACUAUAUAUGAUUUUAUUUAUAGAGCUUGUGUAAGAUAAAUCAAUCCAAGAGAUUACCCAAAUAAGUUAU